AUGUUCACAAUCUUGGCUGUUGUCUAGGUAGCCAGCCACGUUGUUGUUAUGGUCUCUGCCUCUUAACGUAACUCCCCCAUCCCCCCUCUGUGUUUAUGUUUAGAUCCAUUCAGGUUCCUCGGAGGCAGAGGAGGAGAAUGACCCAGAUGGCUGCUUUGUGUUCCGGAGGAAGGCCGGCUGUCAGUACUACGCUGUGAGUAGAGUAGCUGCCUACCAUCCU